AUGGAAAUCAUCCUCUUUUCAGCUCUACUCUUAUCCCUCGUUAUCCCUUUACUCCUUCUUCUUCGAACCAGAACAUCAUCGAACCGCCGGCUGCCACCGGGUUCACUUGGGUUCCCGGUGAUCGGCCAAAGCUUUAGCCUCUUGACUGCCUUGCGAACCAACACCGACCACGAGUGGUUCGAAGAACGGAUAAGGAAGUAUGGUCCAAUAUCGAAGCUAACCCUUUUCGGCCACCCGACGGUUUUCCUCCAUGGCCAGGCUGCAAAUAAGUUUAUAUACACUUGUGAUGGAAACACACUUGCCAACAAGAUGCCGCCGUCGCUUAGCCGGAUCUUGGGGAAGAAGAUCAUAGUCGAGUUGAAUGGUGAAGACCAUAAGCGAGUUAGGGCAGCAAUCGUGUCGUUUUUAAGGCCCGAAGUGUUAAAAACGUACGUUCCGAAGAUGGAUCAAGAAACACGAAACCAUCUUGACGUUCAUUGGCGUGGUAAACGGGAGGUUCAGGUGAUGCCGGUAAUGAAGGUUCUAACGUUUAAUGUGAUUUGUUCACUUGUUCUCGGGUUAGAAGAGGGGACGAUACGUGAUAAACUCUUGUCGCUUUUCCAAGAAAUGACUCGCGGGCUGCUUUCGGUGCCUAUAAACGUGCCAUUUACGCAAUUCAAUCGGAGUCUUAACGCUAGUUCACGACUGAAAACCAUCAUCAUGGAUCUUAUCCGUGCAAAACGGUCGAUCUUGGAGGAACAAAAAGCUUCGGGCCAUCAAGAUCUAAUCACACAUUUGAUCAACGCCCAAAAUGAGAACCCGAACUUGACAUCUGACGAUGAGAUUGUGGACAACGUAGUCGGGUUGAUGUUUGGAGGAUACGAUGCAACCUCGAGCCUCAUAAGUUUCAUGAUCAAAUUACUAGCCGAACACCCGACUGUAUACAAUAAUGUUGUUCGUGAGCAAGACGGAAUCGUCAGAAACAAGGCUCCCGGAGAGUCGUUAACGUGGGAUGAUCUUACGAAUAUGAAGUACAGUUGGAGAGUAGCAACCGAAGUUUUACGAUUGAAUCCACCGUUCUUCGGUUCUUUCCGAAAAGCCAUCAAGGACAUCGAAUACAACGGUUAUAUAAUUCCUAAAGGAUGGCAGGUGAUGUGGGUUUCAAGCAUGACACACAUGGAUGGCAACAUCUUCUCCGAUCCAUCGAGAUUCGACCCAACGCGAUUUGAGCAACAAACGACAAAACCGCCCUAUAGUUUUGUGGCGUUUGGAGGAGGGGUAAGGGUGUGCCCGGGUGGCGAGUUUGCGAAGAUGGAAACUCUAACCAUGAUCCAUUACUUGGUGACACGGUUCACGUGGAAGCUGUCUUUGAAAGAAAACUCGUUCGGAAGAGAUCCAAUGCCCGUCUUUAACCAAGGUCUACCGGUCCUUGUUAGUCCCAGGAAACACUAUCACUCAAUGACAUGAUCGUCUUUAACCAAGGUCUUUGCAUGUG